AGUAUCAACUAAUCCUGCCAUGGAUCGGUAGCUGAGUUUUGCUCGCCAAAAACCAGAACAAUUAAAGACAAGUAGGUCAUCCGCCAGCUUCCUUUACUCCUCUCCUCCAAUGGGGGCGCGCGACGCUCCCGUUCUAUAAAACUUCAACAGACCACAAAUUGCUUGAAAAUCUCCACCCGCUUCUUCUUCGCCUCCACUCCUCCGUCUUCUUUCCGCUCCGAUGGCCGCCUUUCUCUCCAGCAUUCGAAGGCUGUACCUCUCAGUCUAUAACUGGGCGGUCUUUUACGGAUGGUUCCAGGUUCUGUACCUAGCUAUCAAGGCACUCCAGGAACACGGGCACGAACAGGUUUAUGAUGCGGUCGAGCGGCCUCUUCAGCUCGCGCAGACCGCCGCUAUUUUAGAGAUUUUGCAUAGCCUUGCUGGUUUGGUAAGAUCUCCGGUUUCGGCCACCCUGCCGCAGAUUGCAUCAAGGCUGUACGUUACUUGGGGUAUCUUGUGGAGUUUCCCGGAGGUCAGGGCGAAUGUUCUUGUUAGUUCUUUGGUUAUCAGCUGGUCUAUUACAGAGAUAAUUAGGUAUUCGUUCUUUGGCUUGAAAGAAACUUUUGGUGCUCCACCUUCUUGGCUCCUAUGGCUAAGGUAUAGCACCUUUUUGGUAUUAUACCCAACAGGCAUCUCUAGUGAGGUUGGCCUCAUAUACAGUGCCUUACCGUUCAUAAAGGCAUCUGAAAAAUAUUGCUUGAGAAUGCCUAACAAGUGGAACUUCUCUUUUGACUAUUUCUAUGGUGCUAUUCUGGUUCUUGGUAUCUAUGUUCCAGGCAGCCCACAUCUGUAUAAUUACAUGCUCGGGCAGCGCAAGAAGGCUCUUUCUAAAGGCAAGAAGGAUUGAACUGGAGCCCCGGCCAAGUGCACAAAAUUCUUCCUCUGAUAUCUGUAGAUUUUUCUUUCAUUUUUUAUUUUCUUUAAAAUUCGUGACAUUUCUCUGUUAAUGAAGAAUCUGCGAAGUCAUCACUGUUGGCUAUUUAUGUUUAAGGGCUUUAGAUUUGUUCAAUGAAUGGUUUAUACAUGUAAACUAUGGGAAGGGAAGUAUCUAUAAAAUGACUUUUUUUGGGGGGCAUUUACAUAAACACCACUACAUUUUUAUGUAUUUAGAUAUCUAAUACAUAGAUAUUCAUGUUCACAUGCAACCACUGGCAUCACCAUCAUU